AACCUUAUUUAUUUAUUUUUAAUUUAUUAGCUCAAUAACUAUGAGCGCACGUUCUCCUCUCCAUUAUCCGUUUCCUUCUUCUUCUUCUUCUUCUUCUUUUUCUUCUCCCACCAUUAAUGGAGGGUGGUGCCCUAACAACCCUGAGCCCAAUCCGCCAUUCCUCCUCAUUCCCAAGACAUGUGAAUAAAUGGAAUCUGAAGAAGUUGAAGAUUUACUGUAGUGGUUUUUCUCCCGAAGCAUUUCUUAAAUUAUCUAGGAGGAGGUUGCUUUCAGAAUUUGGGGCUCUAGGUGCUGUAAUAUCUUAUACCAAUCCUGCUCGUUCUGCACCGUUGCAAGAGGCAAAAGAUCCUGAUGUUAUCCGGUAUCAGAAGUUGAGUAAUGGUGUAAAACUUCAAGAUAUUCUUGAGGGAGAAGGUCCAGCAGCAUGUGAAGGCGAUUUUGUUGAAGUUAAUUAUGUAUGCCGGCGUUCAAAUGGUUAUUUUGUGCAUAGCACAGUUGACCAAUUCACUGGUGAGAGCAGACCUGUAGUACUUCCUCUGGAUGAAAAAGAGAUAAUACGUGGUUUGAAAGAUGUUCUAAUCGGGAUGAAGGUUGGAGGAAAGAGGAGAGCUCUGAUACCUCCCGAAUUUCACCCUCUCAUCAACACAGUGAAGGAGCAUUCUGCUGAUUCAUGUGUAAAUAAAUCCAAUGAAGUCGUGAGAAAUCAUAUUUGGUCCUCGGAGGAGCCUACUAUCUCACGCAAAAGAAACGUUGGUUUUUGAGGUUCAACUCUUGAAAGUCCUUCACUGAUCAGGAACAUCGUCAAUAGAGAGUUUAGUUAUGCUGCCAAAAUCUCAGUCCUUACAACACGUGGCAAGCAAAUAGUAAGCCACGUGUCAGUUUCUCACAAAGGGUUCAUUAAGGUUUCUACUUUAGUAUAUAGUAAUAGAUUAGUAUUAAGUAAUGAUUAAAGCAGGUGUUAGAGUAUGUAAUAAACUUGUCGUAGGAUCUUACUGACACUUCUUUGUUUAAAAAAAAAUAAAAAAAAUUCUAAAUCUAAUUUUACUUAAAUAAAUUUUUUAUUUACAUUUUUUAUAAAAAAAUUUGAAUUUAGCGAUAUUUGGAUCAGUACGGGCCCGGUCCAAUGCAACUAACCUAGUGAUAGGCCGUAUAUGGGCGUUAAUGUGUGUACAUCACUACAUGGGUCAAAUCUUAACCCAUAUCGAGAUCCAACCGUCCGUCUUUCCAUAGUAACCCCGAAUCCCACCGCAUGAUACAGCUGUCAAAACACCAUAGACCAAAAAAAAAAAAAAAAAA